UAUCAGACAGCUUGCCUUCGACAGCUGGGGAGAUAAACAGGUUGUGUGGGAUGAGGAGAGAGAAAACGAUGGCGUAAACUUCGUCCAAUCCUCUUACACCCAGAAUUUAUAUACUACAUGUUUUGUGUAUCAUGGCCACCGAACCGGAUACCCUAAAAUGGUCCGCCCAGUUUGCUGUUACCACUCCUACUCGAACAAAGAAGUUACCAGGAGAUAAGAUUCUUCUUCCUCCCUCCGCACUCGAACAGCUACUAGCCGCUGCUCCAAUUACCUCCAUAGAAUCUGCCCAUACUCAUUCGUUGACACCCCAGUUCGAUCCUUUCAAUCCACACACUUUUGCCGCUGAACGGCGAGCUAGAGAGUUGGUCGCAGACAGACAGCAGCAGCUUCCACAACCUUUGACCUUUCGCAUAGUUAACCCUUCGAACGGCCGGAUUGUUCAUGCCGGUAUACGCGAGUUUUCUGCCCAGGAGAAUGAAGUUGGGUUGAGUGCCUUCCUUCGUCAGAGCCUUGGUCUCGACGAUGGCGAUUUUCCCUCUGCGGGGAAAAGGGUCAUAUCAGCGGAGGAGUCGCCAUCUGAUGUGGAUAUGCUAGAACCUGGGGAUGGAAAUAUUUCGAACAUACCAGAAGGUCCGAUUGUCACUAUACAUGCGAGACAGCUGCCAAAGGGGACAUAUGUUCGCCUGCGCCCCCUUGAGGCGGGGUACGAUCCCGAAGAUUGGAAAGCGCUGCUGGAACGACACCUACGCGAGAACUUUACAACUUUGACGCUUGGGGAACUCCUACUAAUUCCCGGAGGCCGGAAUGAAACGUUCAGGUUUCUAGUUGAUAAAGUGGAGCCCCAAGGGGACGGUAUUUGCAUUGUGGACACUGACCUUGAAGUGGAUAUCGAGGCGCUAAAUGAGGAACAGGCACGAGAGACCUUGAAGAGGCGUUUAGAAAAAGCUUCUCGGGCUCCAGGAACAAAGGAAGGGAGUUCUACAGGUGGGAAGCUCUCGCAAGGGCAAGAGGUUAGUGGCCAGGUGUUACCAGGACAGUACGUCGACUACGAACUUCACGAUUGGGACCACGAACGUCCUUUGGAUGUGGAGAUUGAUGUGGCAGAUGAUGCAGACGUGGAUCUUUUCAUAAGUCCCUUUUCGUCGAGGCAAAGAAACAGACCCAGGGACAAUGAACAUGUUUUUGGAGAUUUUUCAAAUUUCUCCCCUAAGUGUAUUUGUCUUCAGUCCACUAAUGUCGAGCUUCAAGAUGCGGAGACGGUUUACAUAUCUGUGCAUGCAUAUUCAGAGGACACCUCAAAAAGCAAUGACGCUGCCUCAAAAACCGCAACUCCGCUGAAAUAUAGACUCCGCACAGCAAGCAUUUCCGCAGGAGAGUUAUCCGUGCCCCCGGAGAAAGGUGACCACGAUCUAGACGAUACCCAAUGCAAAAAUUGCCGCCAGUGGAUUCCGAAGCGAACCCUUUUCCUACAUGAAAAUUUCUGUCUCCGUAAUAACAUCCUCUGUUCUAAAUGCGAAAAUGUCUUCCAAAAGCGGUCCCCUGAAUGGGAAAACCACUGGCAUUGUCCGCAUGACGACUCCUACGGCAACGACCAAUCCAGCCAACUAAAGCACAACAAAGUCUUCCACACACCUCACCCCUGCCCCAGCUGCCCCUUCACAGCUACCAGCCUCCCAACCCUUGCCCACCAUCGCACUACCACCUGCCCCGCCAAACCCAUCCUCUGUCAAUUCUGUCACCUCAUCGUGCCCCAAAUGGGCGAAGGAGACCCGGACAUGCACGAUCCCGAAGUACUACUCUCUGGUCUAACCCCACACGAGCUCGCCGACGGCGGGCGCACGACAGAGUGCCAUCUUUGCAACAAAAUAACCCGACUCAAGGACAUGAAAACCCACCUGCGCCAUCAUGAUCUGGACCGCCUCUCACGGCCGGCGCCGCGGGUGUGCAGGAACCAAAACUGCGGCCGGACCCUACAAGGCAAUGCCACCAGUAGUACGAUGUCCAGCCAUAAUACCAAUAACAAUGACACACUUGGCCUCUGCACGGGGUGCUUUGGCCCACUAUACGCAGACGUGUAUGACCCUGAAGGGAAAGCGCUACGUCGCCGGAUCGAGCGGCGAUAUCUGACGCAGAUGCUGAAAGGGUGUGGGAAAGGGUGGUGCCUGAACCCAUAUUGCAAGACUGGGCGGGCCAAUGCUGCUACAUCCUCUGAUAGCAGUGGUGAAGUAGCACCAGCCCUAACGAGCAAGGAAAUAUCGGCGAUGAUUAAACCGCUGAUAGAUGCAAUUAACAUUGGUCCAGCGGCAAUAACAACGAUGGAUGCGAACGCGCCGCCGUUCUAUUUCUGCACGGAUGAGAAAAGCCAGCAGCGGCGGAAGUUGGCGGAGCUGUUAGCUGCCGAAACUGGAGCUGAGACAGAACUUGGGACUAGCGAAAAGGGGUAUGAUGUCGUCUGGUGCAUUGCGGCCGUUGAGGCGGGCGUGGGGGACUUGGGGAAGGCGAGGGCGUGGUUGAAGAACUGGGCGCCGGGGAAGGGGGAGAGGGUUGCAAUUCGUUGAGAUGGGAUGAGAUGUCCUAUGUACAUAGUCAGGACAUAUAGAUGUGGAGACGAUGCUGGUGCUGCGCGUUUCUCGCUGGCAUUAUUUAUGGAUUGUCGUGAGACUGGCUCCUCAAACGGGGCAGAGUAGAUGAGCCUUUCCUGAUUACGUUUUCUAGGUAAAGCUUUUAUAAAAACGGAUGCAAUUCUGCUUCAGCCCUAUCUUGUCUCUUUCUCAUUCAUUGCACUAAGUUUUGGGACUAUGGGUUGAUCUCGAUAUAGAUAGUAUAGCUGAUAUCUAGCUCAGAAUCUCAUUGCAUUGACAUUUAAUCGAACAAUACUUGCAUUAUUAUCGUUAUGUCUCCUUCUCCUCCUCCCUUCCAUUCCAUAACUACCUUCUUGUAUAUAUCAUGCUUCCUUUGCCAUUCCAUUCCCAUAUACUAAACAGUUCAUCAUAAAGCCCCUGUGAGCGACAAAAAAAGAUAUACUAUUUUACUUCCCUUUUUAGUAAGAAAAUUCACAUUUCAC